AUGAUUGUCUUCUUGUAUAUGAAAUAAUCCAUAAAACGUGUGACACAUCAAUUGUUUCAAUAGAGAACAUGAAUACAGUAACCCCACGGAAAAAAAAACUAACCAAAAAAAAAAUAUUCGGGAAUUAAUUAUGUGUUUAUUUAUUAUUGCUAUGUUAAUGACUUGUUCUAAAUUCUGCAUACUGUAUUAUAAAUAUUGUUCUUCAACUCGAAAUUCAUUCAUUUCUUUCUUUUGCAAUCUACAUAUCUUACUGUAUCGUUACCAAACUUUUUUUCAAAAGUUGGUCAAUCUCAAAAUCCUUUAUUCAAAAAAAAAACUGGGCGGAGCUGGUUGAAUGCAAUUGGCCGCCUUGUCUAAGCCACGCCCCAUUUUCCCCGCGUUUUUUUUCGAAUUUCGAACAACUUUGCAUAUCUUGUUCAUUUUGCAGAUUGCUUGCAAACGGUCGACUUCGAAUUUGAUAGUUGUGAUAAAAUAGGACAGAAAAGGUGAGUAAUUGGGAGUUGGGAGGAAAAUGUUUUGGGGUUUCUUUUUGUUGAAAAAAAUAUAGGAAAAAGCUGAUUAUGAUUAAAUUGGGGCUUCUGUUUUUGAACUUUUUUGAAAAAGAAUUUUAGGAAGAAUAUUGGAACUUUGGGAUUUCGAAAAUACUGGGAAUUGAAGUAAGACAGCUUUGUCUUCUGAUCUGAAAGACGACCUAAACUAUCAUGAGAUUUUUUUUUAUCUUUUGCUGAAAAUUAAAAUGGUCUUUGAAAAAUUAAUUCUUAUAUCAAGCCAAAGUUUUUCAAAAGCUUCUGAAUAAAUUUUUGUGAAAAAUAAGAAUUUAGGAUAACUCAAAAUUUUUGGAAGCUUUGCAGAAUAUUUUUGAAUAACUAACUUGUUAGGAUUCACUAACAAAAUAGUUCAAUUCAGACAGAAGUUGGAAAUUAUUUUCAUAUCUACUUACAGUAUUUCCAAAAAUACCCACCUAAAAAUAUUUUGUUUUCCACUUGUCUCUCUUUCAUUAUAAAUUCAUAUAGUUUGUGUAUUUUUCGACAAAAAAAUGGAGAGAAAUACUAACUUAUUCUCAAGAAUAGGAACGGAUCCUCCCUCCUGGCAGAAAAAAAAGAAAACAAACACGCGAAAGUCAAAAACAUAAUUAAUAUUUCGCGGUAAUACGAUACCACUUCAUUUUGUUGUUUUCUUGAGAGUAACUUUUUCGGAAAAAAUUCUUAAAAUAUAGCUUGGGGAGAGAUUACUGUAGCAUGAUUUUUAGUAUUACUACAAAUUUUGGGUUGUUAUUUAUUAUUGCCAAAAAAAUAUUCAAAAUUGUAUUUUUCCAGAAUAUCAAACUGAAGCAUCCACCAUUUUCCAUCCACGUCUUGUGAGUUUUGGGCUGGGAAUAAAAUAAACCGGGUACUAAAAAUUCUGGUUCAAUUCUAAUCCAAUUCGGACAUCCUAUGUAAAAUUCGGGUCCAAUUGAAAAACACCCCAAAAUAAAACAAAGCUGUCUAUUUUUAAAAACGCGCGUUGUUGUUUUUACUAAAUUUAACUUUUUUCUCCCUCCUCGUUACAUGAAAAACACAAGUUGUUUCCAGUUAUUUUUGCCUGGCGGGGAGUUUUGAUAUUUACUUUGGCACGGGAGGAAGGCGGCCGAAAUCUGAACAAAUAUUCGCAGUCAAAAGGCUACCUUCCAAUGAUCAAAACAACCUUUUUUCUGUUCUUUUUUGUUUCGUCACAAAUUUUUGAAUUUUAGAUGUGAACUUAUCUCUGAUUAACAUUGCGGUUUUAUAAAAUAUUAGGGCUAAGUAAGAAGCUUUUAGGAUUUGAAAUAAAAAUGUCCUCAGUUCCCUUUUCCAUCAUGGGAUCUUUGAGCCGAAUCUUAAGCUUCUGAAAUUCAGAGAACUUGGAAUUUUGAGAAGAGAACACUUUUUUUUGAAAAAAAAACCAAGUUGCCGUUUUCUAGGAGCACAUCAUUGACAAUUAGAUUUUCUAGAUGCGACUACUUGACAGCUAGAAAUUCAAAGGCUCGGCUACUUGACAUAGAAGUUCUCAAGGCGAUAUUCCUUGUCAACUAGAAAUUCAUAGGCUCGGCUAAUCAAAAUAGUAGCUCUAAAUCUGUGGUUCUGAUGAUCUAGAGUUCGAUUUUUACCUUAAAAAACAACAACCUCAAAUGAAAUUAGUUUUUGUUUAGUUUUAUUUUUGCUGAUUGUAAACUCAUCUUCAUAAUUUUUGGGAGAAUGUCGUUCUUCUCAAAAAUGUCGUUCUGUCCACUUUUCCUUCCAUUUUCUCCUCCUUUUUCUCCCCUAAUUUUAAUAUCUCAAAAAAUAAUCCACCUCUACGUGUCAACACAAAAUCCGCGCAUAAGAAGCUCAAAAAUGUGUGUGUUUGUGUGUGUGAAAAUGCGAAAUCUUCAAAAUGCCUUCUUAUUCGUUUUCAUCGUAAAAUUUCGAAAACCAGGCUUCACAUUUCAUUUGGCUUCCUUUUCAAAUUUCGCUUCAAAAUUGUUUCUCUCGAAAAAAAUCACCUUGUCCGCUGAGUUGAUGAUGAUAAGACAGAGUUUUGGCUGAUAAGUUUUGUGCCGGGUUGCAUGUUUUGUUUACCGCUUUUUUCUCAGUUCGUCGCCCCAAUUUUAAAAUGAUGCCUCCUUUUUUGUACUUUUCAUUUUUGCAGAGUACUGUAGAUACUACUGUAGAUGUAUGGUUUGAUUUGGGUAUGAUAACUUACUGUUCUUGAUUUUUAAGGAACUGAAAUUUAAUUAAAAAGGUAGAUUAUUUCAAUCAUAAAAAUGAACAUAAACCACACAUAAUUUGUUGAAAAAAUUUUUUCAACGUUUAAUUUCUUUUAAAAAAAUUUCUGGAAGAACUUUUGGCCUAUCAAAUUAAAUUCAAACCUUUUUCUCGAAUUCUCAAAAAUAUCCAUUCCAGAUUUCUCAUAUCUCAUAUCUCAUUUAAAGGAAUUUACGUUAAUUCCAAAAAUUUUUGGCCUUUGGAAGAGAAACGAUAUGGCCUAGAAAACCAAAUAUUUAUUAUUUUGAAACAGAAGAUCAAAAGAGCCGACAGAGUCUACUGUACUCCUGAUUUUCUCUUCCGCUUUUGAAAUUUUCUGAGCAAGAACAUCCCGAAUAAUAUUUGUUUUUUGUUUUUGAAAUUUCUUUCCAUCCUCAUUUCCUCAUCUCAUAUUUUUUCGAAAUGUCCUAAAAUCCACCAGACACCUAUCCUACCUACAGUAAUCUCAUUUCUUGCCCUUCAAAUCUUGUAACUAUAAUAUUAAAAAAAUAAUUUGGAUUAUAUGUUAUUCCAUGAAAACAAGAAAGAAUAUGUAAAUAAUUAGCCAAGAAAAGGACGAAAAUGGGCGGAGUUUGGAAAUUUGAUUGGUUUGUGUUGGCACAAAAAACGGACGGAAAAAGGGGGAAAAUGACUGGAUCAUAUACUAGAUUGACGGGAUUUGAACUUUGAAGUUGAUUUCUUUAUUUCACAUCGCACUGUUUUUCUAAUUGUAAGUUUUGAUUCGAAUGAUUUAAUAUAGUUUGUGAAAUUCAAAAAAAAUUUUCUGGGUGAAGCUGAACACAACUUAAACAUUUAGAUCUCAAAGUUUUCUGGAAGAAUUUUGUUUCGAAAAAAAGGGAAAUUAUCUUUUGAAAACUCGAAAUGAGCAUUUUUGGCAAAAGUCACGCUCACGUUUUUUUUUCUUCAAUUUUCUUGGAUCUGUUUUUUUGUGUCUUUCUGUAAACUUCAAAAAGAUCCUGAGCCUUUCUGAGAGUCAAUUAUACUUUCAGAAAAUAUUUCUCGAUUUAGGAAAGUCAACUAUCUUUCUGAAAUUUCGGUUCUCCAAGUUCAAUCUUGAACAGUUUCCAUAUUCCCAUUGGCAGUUGUAGAUAAUAAAAUUGUAGAGACUGCAAAGUAGACCCUCAUGGAAACUCGCAAAACGUUCAUUUUCCCAGUUUUUUCCGCGAUCAACCUUAUGAUUGGUUUUAUUUGUACAAAUGCUGGAUGAUAAGCAAAAAAAGUUCGAAAUUAAGUCGCAAUUUCAAAUUUUGUUAUCAUUAUCAAUGACACAAAACUUGCUCUUGUCACAUAUGUUUGAGGACCCUUUAAAACUAUAGUAUAGUUAGUUGAUAACAUUUAUUUGCUAUUCAUAUUUGACAGAGACAAAGGAAAGAAAAUGAUUAAGUACUGUAGAAAAAAUUUCACGUGAAUUUCCAACACUCAUUUUCGUCAGGACUUCAAACAAAAAACGAGAUGGAAAAUUUUUCGAAAAUCCGCCCUAAUCCAACUAAUUUCGUUUUUUUUUUCUUCUAAAACCAUAAUCACAUUUUCAUUUUCAUUUUUGUUUUUCUCAAAACAUAACAGGCACACAAAAAACAUUGAGCCGCCCGAGAAAAAAAAUGGUAGUAAUCCCCUUUGUAGUAAGCCUGGCGCCAAAUGACAAAUGAGAUAUUAUUUUUGGGUGUACACUCCACCCCGCCUAAUCCCUUCUCAUGACAUUUUCAUGCAAAAAAGAGGCACAGACGAAGCUUACUACCGAAACCUAAAUGAGUUUUUUCCCCAGAAGGAAAAAAUGUUUUCCUUUUUUUUUUCAAAAAUUUGUCUGAUUUUUGCAAUAUCUAUAAAUGUAGCCUGUUUUUCUGAAAUCUUAGGAUAGUUCGAAUCCUCUUUAAGCACUCAAAAUCCUUUCAAAAUUAAUUCGGAUUUGUUUUCGUAAUAAAUUUCCAACAUAUUCUAGAUCCUUCUCAUAUCGCUUUGAAAAAUAUUAGUCUGAAAUUUGACUACAUUGUAUUCUGAAUUCAGGUGACUGAUUAGGUUGCUUGGCAAAUCGAAGUUACUAAUCUGUUCGAAUUAAAUAUUCAAGAUUAACAAUAAUUCUAAUAUGUUUGACUUUUUUAAUCCGAGUUUUCUAUAGGUUUGAGUAAAAAGCUUUUUUGAAUUUGAAUUGUUCUUUAGUCACAGAUUGUUAAUAAUAUGUUUUUUUUUACAUAUUUUUUCUAUAGUAAUAUACUUUGAUUGAUUCUUGAACUUUUUGUAGGCACGAAGCAAUGAUGCUUGCUUCCUCGACUCAACCAAAUUCUCGUUCAACCACCACAAAUCCACCAACAACAACAGCAACCACAGGAAACGGGGGAGAUGAAUGUUCAUCUUCAACAUCUCCAACAAAUACAUCAGCAUCAGAUGCAUCAUCAAUGGAUAUGUUAACAUCUUUGAUGAAUGCAAAUGCAGCUGCAGCUGCUGUUGUAAAACAAGAGACAAAUACAGUCGCAUCACCUUUAGCAACUCCACCUAUUUUUACACCUGACGCGGUUACUCUAUUGCAAUUCAGUCAAUUAUUUCAAGCACAACAAGCUGUGGCGCAGUUUCAAAGACAACAGGCUGCGCAAGCUGCACAAGCACAAGCACAAGCAGCUCAGCAGCAUCAGCAAAUUCAAGCUGCUCAACAAGCUGCAGUUCAAGCGCAACAAGCGACACAAGAAAGGAAAAGGGUUAGUUCUAGAUAUAAUUAAUUCAUAGAAGCAAUAAUCAAUUUUCAGUCAUACCCUUGCACUUUCCAAUAUUGUGUAAUUUGUCAAAAAGAUGUGCAUUCCUCAAAAUUACCGUGUCAUAUUCGACAAUGCCACGUGGCAAAACCAAUGUUUCAAUGCCCGGCGUGUGAUUUCACAUCAACUUAUUCGAAAAAUAAUGUGAAAAGUCAUAUGGUUUCGUUGCAUGGAUUAGCGGUAUGUUUGAGGGGGAUUGAAUUUUUAAAAUUUUGUUGACAGCUCACAAGGUCCAGAAAAUGUAGCCUCCGCUCUUAUUUUUUUUUUGAUAAUCACGAAUCUGGUCCAUCCGAAAUCAUAGAAAAAAUUUCAGAAUUCUUCUAAAAUUUUUUAAUUAGACCUUCUCUAGAAUUAAAAAAAACUGCCAAUUUUUUCGAAAAAAAAAAGUUAAUUUUUUAGUCGUUUCUAAGAAAUUUUUUGAGCUACAAAAAAGUUUAAAAUUUUAAAUCCCAGCAGUACAGUAAUCAUCUGGUUACAGUAACCCGGAAACAUUCAAGUUUUUUCUCAAUAUUAUUAUUUUUCAGGGUGAUCCAAUCAGUUAUAUGGAUAAAUAUGCAGGACAAGUUGAAGAGUUUAUGAAAUUAUGUUUUCCAAAUGUUCGUGGCCGUGGUCGCCCAAUGCAAGGCAGAUCCUCUCCAAAAUCACCAAUAAGUCCAACUCAACGUCGAAAUAUAAUCGCAAAUAAUUCACUUCCAAAUGGUCGUCGAGCAACAAUGCCAACAAAUGAUUUGUUAGCCAAUCUACACCCUCCGACACCAAAUUUCCACCCCCUACGAAAUUUACGUUUCAAUCCGCUUCAAAGUAUUUUCCCAACUGCGCCAACAUUGCAUAAUAAUACUACACCUCAUCAACAACAGCAUAAUAAUAACAAUAAUAAUAAUAACAAUAUUUCGAAAUCGGUGAAAAUGGAAGAAAGUGGACAUUCGGAACCAUCGACUUCGAUGAUUUUGCAACCAUUGAAACCAGGAGAAAAUGAACAACCAAAAUAUUUGGAUCAAGUUGGGGUUUUAGAUUGGAGUUUGAUGAAUGAAUUGCAAACGAAGAAUACGAUUUUUGAAGAAACUAAAAGUAAUAUGGAAAUUUAUAUUGAGGUUUGUUUUUAUUGUGAGAUAUUUGAUGGAAAAUCAUAUUUUUUUCAGAAUAUAUCUCGAAAAAUAGAAACAACUCCAUCUCGAAUUGUUUUUCAUCUUUCAAAUCAGCUCGUUUCACAAGUCGAACUUGUUCGUUCUCAAAUAAAUCUACAAUUAUUCGAAGUGAUGUUCGCGAUUCAUCGAAUGGAUACAAAAGUUCUCGAUUCUCAACUUGUCGAUCUUCUCGCAACAAUUGCUCCAACAACUUGUGACACACAAUUAUUGCGACAAAAAACAACACCGAAUAAUCAGAACGAGGAAUUUCUACUUGGUUUAACGAAAAUUGAGAGAAUUGAAGAGAAAUUGGAAACAAUGAAACAUAUGAAUGGAUUUACGAAAAGAAUUGGAACAUUGAAAGGGAGAAUUGAAAGUAUUGGAGAAGCUUGCAAAAUGGUGCAUGAAAAUAAAGCACUUCGACAAGUUAUUCAAAUGAUUGUUGCUGUUUUGAAUGUCGCAUUUUUCGAUGAUCGAACUUGUUGUGCAGUUCAAGGUUUUUCAAUUUCUGAAAUUGAUCAAAUUCUUCGAUCUGGUCCAGAAGGAUCAACACAAAAUGUUUUGAAUUUGCUUAUAACUAUUUUACGAGAUGAAAUUAGUGUGGAUCUGGAUGAUUUAUUUGGUUUGGUUGGAAUUUUAGAAGUUGUUGAGAAUAUUGAUUUUGAUGGAAUUGGUCGCGAAUUGGCUGAAAUUGAGGAUUUAACAUGGAGAGCUGAAAAGGAAAUGGAAUAUAGCGGAUCGAAUCCACAACUUGCACAAUUUAUUGAUUUUGCUAAAUCGACUACCAAAACAACGUGGGAAAUUUAUAAUUCUGUAAAAGUGAGUUUUCAGAAAGUGGAUAAUUUCUAUAAAUUUUUUUUCAAUUUUUUUCAGUCAAAAAUCGUGAAUCUCACAAUCUACCUCGGUAAUCCAGUUGCCAGAAAUUCAAAUAAUAUCGAUCCACGUCCACUUUUUUGCCACAUCAUCAAUUUCUUGCGUCAACUCAAAAUCGCCAUUGAUUCAGAAGCAGCUGGUUCAGAAUCUGAUAUUAAUAUUUUAUCACCAUAA